GUUGAGUCAGAAAAUUUUUUUUUUUAUAUUCAUAAGUUUUGGCUUAUAUUUGUCCCAAUUGAUUCAUAGCUGAAGAAACGCCAGGUUGAUAAGGCCUACAAAACUCAUAGAAACAUAAUGUGAUUCUAUGACUAGACUUUGACAACUCAGUAUUCUAACCUCUUCGAGACAUUGUGUUGGUGGUUUUUUUUAAGUGUUUCUAAUUAAAUUUCAAAAUGAAGAAAAAACGUGUUUCUAAAAGAAAUAAAAUUGCCUGGCGUAAGCAUGUUAAUAUAGAAGAUGUAGAAGAAUUCUUAGAAAACCAAAGGUUCGAAGAAAAAUUUGGACUGCAAGUUUUGAAUGAUGAAUCUUUCACGAAAGAUACUGGCGACACGACCGAUUUUUUGUCUAAAAAGGAAAGAAUAAAGUUGAAAUUGGCAAAUCCUAGAUGUUUUCGCAUACUUAAACCACACACUAAUGUUCCUGAUCCAUUGGUGAAGAGGAACAGAGUCCGAACUAAGGAGGAAAGAACAAAUAAGUUAUUGAAAUUAAAGGAAGAGCAACGAAAAGCUAAAGGUAUACUCAAAGCAAAAGAAAUAGAUUCAAUCAGAGGUAAACAACUGUACGAAAAAUGUAAACUUGAACGUCCCAAGAGAGGAGAAUUCAGUAAAGAUGUUUGGGAAGUGUCCGAAGUAAAAUCAUUAGGUGAUUGGAUUAGAGAUGAUGCUACAGUGCAUAAUUUACGUCAAACUGGAGCAUAUCUUUUUAAGGUAACACCAACCGUUCAGAAGAAAACUAGUGUUUUACCUACAAUUGAACCACCUCAUCCUGGCACGUCUUAUAAUCCUUCAUUUGAAGAUCAUCAAGAUCUAUUGCGAGAAAUAGGAGAAAAAGAGGGCGAAUUGAUAAAACGGGAUAAACAUUUGAAUCGUGUUACAAAAAGUAUAUUGAAGAAAGUUCCUUCAGCUGUUAAUAAUAAAUCUUGGUUUGAUGAAAUGUCUCAAGGUUUACCUAUUGCCAACAACCAGAAAAUAGAGGAAGAAGAUGAUCCAGUAAGUGACAGUGAGUAUAGAGCUAUUAAUCCUGCAGUGAAGAAUAAGAAAAAAACUAGAAAACAAAGAAAUACUCAAAAAAGGCUUCUUAUAGAAGAACGGCUAAGAAAAUUGGCUAAAUUAGAGAAAAAAAAAAUAGUGGAAUUGAACAGUCUCAAAGCUUUGGAAAAAUAUGUAAAAAAAAGGGAGAAAGAGAUUUCAGAAAGUAAGGUGAAAAGAGAAGAAUAUUCCAAAUUGAAAGAAAAGUUGCCUAAACGGUUAGGUUUUCAUAAGUUUGAAGAAAAUGAUUUGGAGUUCAAUAUGCCAUCUGAAAUAACAGGAAACUUGAGGAGUGUUAGAAAACAAUCCAAUUUAUUAGUAGAUAGGUUUAUCAACUUACAAAAGAGGAAUUUGGUUGCCCCAUCGGUAACAGUUCAAGCGAAGAGAGCUAAAAUCAAACGAUUCAUUAAACCUGGUCAUAAGGAUAACUGGAAGAAAGAUGUAGCUGGUUUAACUCUAUGAAGCAUACUGUAUGAAUCAAAACAAAAGCUUAUAUUCAACUUAUUUUGUUUAAUUGUAAUGGUAGUCAAUCCAUAAUAAAGCCAAUCAAUAAAUGUUA